UUCUUAUGCCCUGAGAAAUUUAAAUUAUUCAAUGCAGCCCCAAAAAAUUUUGGAUUGCAGUCUUUGGAAGGGAAUGGUUUUACAAAACAAUCGAACCAAAACUGAAAUCAGAUUAUUUUUACUAAUGUCUCAUUCUAAAGUGGGUGAAAAUGAGACUGUUGAAGAUUUAAGGAAUGAGGAUGAUAGAAAUGAAGAUACUGCUGAUAAUGUUUGUGACAAUUCUUCUAAAAAAAGAUCUUGGGUAUGGAAUCACUUUAUCGAGGAAAAAAAUUCUGAAGGAUCAAUAGCUAAGUGCAAAUAUUGUAAAAAAGUUUUAAGUGGGAGCACUAAAGGAGGAACGAGUCAUCUAAAACGCCAUCUUGAAAAUGUUUGCAAGAAGUAUCAAAAGAAUCCGACUAAUCAGUUGCUCUUACUACCAAGUUCAAAAGAUCCGAUAAAGUGUUUCAAAUUCAAUCAAGAAGAGAGUAGAAAAAUUCUUGCAAAAUUUAUCAUAUGUGCUAAGCUUCCAUUUCGUAUUGUUGAGCACACUGUUUUUCUGGAUUUUAUGAAAUCUUCAGCCAUUAUUCAAAAUUAUGGGUCGUAAGAUUGUAAAACAUGAUUGUAUGGCUUUGUAUCAAGAAGAGAGGAAAAAAUUGCAUGAUGUAUUCAAGAACCUAAGGUCUCGGGUUAGUUUCACUACUGAUAUUUGGACAUCAAAUCAGAAAAUUGGUUACAUUUCUUUCACAGCACAUUAUAUUGAUUCUGAUUUUACUCUGCAUAAGAAGAUUAUUAGUUUCAAGAAACUUCCAUACCGUCACACCAGCUUUGCAAUUGAAGAUGCUGUAAAAAAAUGUCUUGUUGAAUGGGAAUUGGAUUGUAAAAUAUGUGCUAUUACUUUGGAUAAUUGCAGCACAAAUGAUGCUGUAAUGAGAAGGCUCCGAGAUCACUUUUGUUAUUCAAUGUUGUUUAGUGGGGAGUACAGUCAUAUUAGAUGAUGUGCACAUAUAUUAAAUAUUAUGGUUCAGGAUGGAAUGAAAAUCAUUCAUGAAGCUAUUGAAUGUAUAAGAAAAAUUGUUAGAUAUGUCUCUGCAUCCCCAUCUCGAAUGCAAGCAUUUAAUGAAAUUGUACAGCAUAUGAGACUUCCUGCUAGAAAAGGACUCACUUUGGAUGUUCCUACAAGAUGGAAUUCUACUUAUGAAAUGUUGCAUGAUGCACUUGGUUAUAAAGAUGCUCUUAUUAGAUAUGCAACUGAGCAUUCAUGUGUAUGCCCCACCAAUGAUGAAUGGAAAAAGGCUUCUAUAAUUCUUAAAUUUUUAGAAGCCUUUCUUGAUGCCACUAAAGUAUUUUCUGGUUGUAAGUAUCCCACAUCCAAUUUAUA